AUGGAUAACUUCAAGAUGGCACGGGACUCCGUGACAAUCUUCCGUUCAGAAAAACACUCGGACGUCUAUCGUUAUCUCGAGUAUGGUGGACGCUAUAUGGGCCUCUUCUGGGAGAGCAAGCCCGUGGCCUACGUUUUCAAGACCGUGCACAUCCUGCUCCAGCUGGGACUCAUUGCUUUCGCGGGAUACUACUACUUUCAAAUCCAAGCUCCGAACGGCUCGGAUACCGAGUCGAAAAGCGAUCCCCGACACGCGGAGAAGUUCUUCAUGAUGCAGAUAGGCCUCCGGGUUACAUUCGCCCUCAUAACCUACCUCACCGGUCUGGCAAAGGAAGAAAAACUCGAACAGCUCAGACAGGUUCUGACCUGUCUACACGUAGACGAUAAACUCCUCAGGGUAAAUCGAAUCCUGUGCUUCUUCGUGCUAGCAUUCCUCGCCAGUCUCGUGGGGAUAGAUCUCUACCUUCUAUUCGGUCGCAUGGACGAGGUCCCAGUUCUAGGAUCACGGAGCGAGUUCCCGCUCAGAGCUGCCACGAAACUCGUGUACAUCUUGUCUACGUCAUCUGUUCUAUGCGUUCUCCCGACGUUUUUCAUCUCGUCCUGCGUAUGCGUCCAACGGUCCAUCUGCGCAAUCAACGACGACGUGACGGAAGCUAUCCAGGCUCAGGUCGACGAGAAGCGCAAGGACGAGAUGUUCCUCCGCCUGCGGAUCCGUUAUGUCGAGUUGCUGGACACGCUCGACGAGCUCUCAGACGUAUUCGGCCUCCAGCUAUUCGUGUGGCUGUCGCUAAUGUUCUUCCAUACCUGCGUGAAAGUGUUCCUCUACGCCAAAUACAAAGAGAACAUCCAGCCCAAUCAAGUCGACCAUAUCGAAUGCAUUGUGAUCUCAUCGGUUUUCGACCUCAUCCUCUUUUCGUUGUUCUGCUACGCGGGUCACGGCGUGUUCAAGGAGCGUGACAAUACUCAGAUGCUGACACGUCGCAGCGAAUCGACUCCAUGCACGCAACUGCUACUCUUCCAGAUGGAUCUCCUCAACUCAGACGUCGACUUUGGAGUACGGACAGCAUCAGGACACAACAUGAAUCUUCAACUAGCAUUCACUUUGGUUGGGACGGUGACGACGUUCGCUGUUGUUAUCAUACAGAUCUACAUGUCCGCCUCGCCGACCCCGGGAGCGACGAACUUCACUGCGAGUUCAGCGACGCCGAUGCUCACUCGCGGAACAACCCGUCCGUCCUAG